AUGAACAAUACCCUUUUUGUGCAUCUCCCCGAAAUCGGGGGCCCCGAUGCCCUGGCCCCAAGGCCCUUCUUCCCUUCACAGUGGCUAUCCUAUGCACUGGGGCUGAUUGUUGUCUAUCCAUUCCUCAUUGCCUCUCUGCGCUUCAGACGGCUGCGCCAGCUGCACCGCAAAUACCCGUACACGCGCGAAACCCUAGGCAAGAUGACAGACGACGAGGCCUUUGAGAUCCAGAAAGUGGUCGCGACGCUGGAGUUUCCGCUCAUAUUCGCACGGUCUCUUCAAUCAGCCCUGUUCAAGACAUACGGCAUCCCCUCAAUCUCGCAUCUCCUGGUCAAAACAAACCAGUUCGCAAACCCCGAUACCUCGCUCAAGCGCUACACAGACACCAGCGCCUUGGUGCAAGAGAUGAUUGGGAACAGCCCGACCUCGCCGCGCACGUACAUCUCCUUAGCCCGCACGCGGUACCUGCACAGUCCUUACCGGGCCUCGGGCAAGCUCCUUGAGGACGACAUGCUGUACACGCUUGCGUUGCUCUCAUGGCAGCCAAUCCGCUUUAUUGAGCAGUUCGAGUGGCGCAGCCUCAGCGACCUGGAGCGCUGUGCUAUCGGCACUUUCUGGAAAAGUCUUGGGGACGGCCUGGGCAUUAGCUACAAGGGACUUCCCUCCGGCGAGACCGGGUUCCGCGAUGGGAUCCACUGGCUCGAGGAGCUUCAAGUUUGGGGCGAGGCCUAUGAGACCAAGCAUAUGGUUCCCGAUAUGAAGAACCGGGAGAUGGGCGAUCAGACUAUGUCUGUGCUGUUGUAUAUGCUGCCCAAGCCGCUGCAUCCUGUGGCGUUGCAGUUCGCUUCAUUUAUGAUUGAUGAUCGGUUACGCAAGGCCAUGUACUAUGAUCCGCCGACCCCCUUCUGGUCGUCAUUCUUCUCGACAUUCCUUGUCGUCCGCAAGUUCUUCCUGCGCUACCUGAGUCCUCCCAGACCACAUUGCAUGCGUCACUCGACAUAUACAGAGCAGGCAGAUGAGAACCAGCGCUUCUUUCUCACAGCAUGGGAGGCUGCGCCCUACUAUGUGAAACCCACGUUCUGGAACCGCUGGGGCCCCGGUGCGUGGAUUACCUGGGGUGUAUUUGGCCGGCCGGUCCCUGGGGAUAAUGGAGAUAGGUAUUGCCCAGCAGGAUACAAAAUUGAGGAUAUGGGGCCGAGGCAUUUUGAGGGGAAGGGCAAAAAGACUAUGGACGUUACUAUGGAGGAGUUGAAGGGCUUCCGCACGGGCAAGUGUCCCUUUCACUAA